GCAUUCUCGAGUUGAGGUAGAAGAUGGGUGUAAGGAGGGGAGUUGUUGGAGUUUUGGUUCUGCUGGUAGUGGUGUUGAGCACUAGUUUCGUUGAUGGGGUUCAUGGAUUUGAGGAAAGGGAUGUGGUUGCUCAAUCCAAUGCUACUUUAACGGAUAAGAUUUCUGCUGAAAGCCAUGGCUUGGUUACAGAUAUGCUUGAAAAAGAUACAAACUCGUCCAAGGAAAUGGUAGGGAAAGAUAAUGUCAAUGUGAACCGUGGUGGAAAAGGAGGCAAUGGAGGUGGAGGUGGAGGAGGAGGAGGUGGGGGCAGCGGUAGUGGUGGUGGUGGAGGAGGAGGUGGCGGUAGUGGUAAUGGAGGUGGAAGUGGGGGAGGAGGUGGAGGAAGUGGCAAUGGUGGAAAGGGUAAAGCACACAAGAGAAAGGGAAGAAGAAAUGCUGGUGGAAAAGGGGGAGGUAGCGGUGGUGGCAGUGGUGGUGGUGGCGGCAGUGGUGGAGGGGGUGGUGGAGGAGGAGGAGGAGCAGGAAAUGGCAAAGGUUAUGGGUGGGGUGGAGGACACGGGGGAGGGGGAGGAGGUGGUGGUGGGAAUGGAGGGGGUGGUGGUGGGGGUGGAGGUGGAGGUGGAGGUGGAGGCGGUGGCGGUGGUGGUGGUGGAGGAGGAGGGGGUCAAGGUGGCGGCUGGGGUUGGGGGGGAGGUGGCAACCAGGGUGGUUGCCCCUUUUGGGGAUGUCGUGGCCAUGGUAAAUCAAUUGGGGGAAGGAAGACUAGCCCUCCUAAAUCCAACUAAAUUUGCCGCUUACCAUGCACAUCACCCCGUCAAUUGACAUUCAAAGUUCAAACUCAAUUUCUCCACAUGUACUUUUGCUUUGCCUUUGGUUGGUUUGCGCCUAUAUGGGCUUUUUCAUUUUGUUAUGAGAAAUGAAGAAUAAAGAGGAUUUGUUACGUUGAUACUUGAUUUGGAAUUUUGAAUGCUAAGGAAUGAAGUUUUAUUUUCUUA